CCGCGUCUGCGCAUGCGCAGUUCUGACCCAAACAUGGCGACGGAGAGCUGCGAAAAGUGCUGAAUUCUGUCUACAUUUCGACAAAAUCGCGAAGAUCUCUGCAGGACGUUCAUACAGCAGCCGAUGCUCAACAUGGUCCGAACGGCACUGAAAGAUCACAAGGACAGUAAGAAGGACAAAGCGGGCCGGAGCAUGUCUCUCACAGGUCCUGGACCGGUCAAAGUGACCGAGUCGUUCUCAUGGGACGAGUAUUUAAAAGAGUCGUCGUCCGUUCCCGCUCCUCCCAGCUGCUUCAGACAGUCUCGGAUUCCUCCCUCCAACGACUUCAAGGUGGGUAUGAAGCUGGAGGCCCGGGACCCUCGUAACUCCACCUCCACCUGCAUCGCCACGGUGAUGGGCUUGAUGGGCGUGAGACUCCGCCUCCGUCUGGACGGCAGUGACAGCACCAACGACUUCUGGCGAUUGGUCGACUCCGCCGACAUCCAGCCAAUCGGAACCUGCGAGAAGAAGGGAGACAUGCUGCAGCCGCCGCUGGGAUUCAGGAUGAACGCCUCGUCGUGGCCCAUGUUUCUCCUGAGAACCCUUAAUGGAGCCGAAAUAGCACCUGCCACGGCAUUUAAAAAGGAGCCGCUGCGGCCGCCCCAGAACGACUUCAAGCCCGGCACGAAGCUGGAGGCCGUGGACAAGAAGAACCCGUACCUGAUCUGUCCGGCCACCAUCGGCGAGGUGAAGGGGGAAGAGGUGUUCGUGAUGUUUGACGGCUGGAGGGGGGCGUUCGAUUACUGGUGCCGCUAUGACUCCAGGGACAUCUUCCCCGUGGGCUGGUGCUCCGUCACCAAACACAGCCUGCAGCCGCCGGGAAACAGCAUCACUGUUCCAAAACCGGGUCCUACACCUUCCUCCUCCUCAUCCUCUUCCUCUAACCCUAAACCGCCCCGGCGCUCCAUGCCGAUUCCUUACCGCCUGCCGACUCCUCUUCCUCAACUCCCCGUGAGGAAGGGCAUCAGGGGACGGCGGCCGAAAAGCGAGACCAUCGCGCUGCUGAAAGCCCUGGCCGCUUCCACCGCGGCCCAAGACACAGAAGAUCAAGAAGAAAUCGCACCCCAAACCACGCCCAUUUCCCAGCAUCCCCUGCGUCCAUACAAGAAGAGGGGACCGAAACCAGGCAGCAAGAGGAAGCCCAGACUCCUCCAGAGUGCCAUGUCUAUAGCAGCCAGCUCAGACUCCAGGGUGCCCAUGACUCAGAUGCCCAGCGAUGGACUCCCUCCUCUGGGAUCCCCCUCAUCUGUGGUGUCUACUGUGUGCGUAUACGUGAACAAACACGGGAACUGCGGCCCACAUCUGGACCGUAAGCAGGUUCAGAGACUGCCGGAUCACUUCGGGCCGGAGGCGGUGAAUCUGGUUCUGCAGCAGACGGUCCAGGCCUGCCUGGACUGCGCGUACCAGCCCAAAGUGCUUCUGGGAUGCCUGCAGAGCCAAGGCGGCGGAGGAGAGGUGGUCAGAGUCCGAACAGAUGGCGGGAAGCGGUUGGUGAAGCUGCCGUCAGCGUCGAGCGCCGGGUUCGUGUUGCGCUUCCUGGAGCGAGUGUGUCGACACCUGCAGUGUGAUAAUCUGUUCAGCAGUCAACCGUUCAGUCCACACAACACCUACGACCGCGCUAAAUCAGUUAAAGAGGAGAUGUUGUCAGACGGUCCGUCUCUGAACAGAGGCGUGAAGCGGAUCUCCAGAGACCCUCCGCCGUACUGCGCUCCUCUCUCCCCGAAACUCCUGCACACAGACACACACCCCUCAGAAGCGGAGACUCUUCCUCCAGAGGAGAAUGGAUUACUGAAGGAGCAGCGCUUCAUGGACUCCGCCUCCAAUUCCAUGACGCCCCGCCCACAGACCUUGAGAAGCACCUCAGAGUACCAAUCACCGCCCAGCAACCUGUAUUACCAUGGCAACGGGCCGCCUCUACGGCGACGGGCCUCACACCCCCCCACACAGACACACAGACGAGUGGAGGCUGCCAGCUCUACCACGGGCCCCGAGACGGCGGCGGACCGCGAGCUUCCCAGAAGCCCCGGCAGGAGUCCGUCUUCCUGGUCCAUAGAGGAAGUGAUGCGGUUUGUGCGGGACGCAGACCCGACGGCACUGGCUCCGCACGCAGAGCUCUUCAGAAAACACGAGAUCGACGGUAAAGCUCUGAUGUUACUGAGGAGCGACAUGGUGAUGAAGUACAUGGGGCUGAAACUCGGACCGGCGCUCAAACUCUGCCACCACAUCGAGAGACUCAAGCAGGGGAAGCAGUGAAACACACGGACAGAAACCUCUCCUCCACACCGACACGCUGCUACAGAGGGGGCUGAUGGGAAAUCACUGUGUGCUGCUCACGUCUCUACAUUAUCACACACACACGGCGUCUCUCCUAGACGUUCAUCUGCAGCCAGAGCACACUUUGAGGAACAUUAGUGCAGCUGGGAACAACGGUCGAACGAGGUGCGCUCGGUCGGUUCUUACCUCCUGCCAUCUCGUCUCCCCAAAGAUGCAGACGCUUUACGGGCCGAUGAUCCCACCCAUAGAGGUGGUUUUUGAGUCGGAGGUUGGUUAUGUAUCGCUCUACCUCCCUGUGACGUCAUACUAGUCCACAGGUGUUUCUGAAAUCACUUACAGCCGCUGAAAAUCUGCUUUUUAGUUGCGUUUCGUUCGUGUAUUUCGUUGGCGUCA